GCCGAUUUUUCAUUCACACGAAAACUUUCGCUUUUCUCCUCUGGAUGUUUACAUCCCAGUUUCCAUAAAUACUGAGGAAAUAAGUCUUGCCAGUUAGUGUUUAAUCAAUAUUUUCGAUUCUCUUCGCGAAGGUUUAGGGCCAACAACUUCAGCAGUGUGUAGUGAGACGAACGUAAUAUUCAAACGGGUGUUCAAACCAGAGUGAACAAGCAUCGAUAGAUGGACGUGGCCAAGUCUUUGUUUGGAAGCCGAGAUCACGAAGGAUACGUGGGCAAAGAUGAACAUAUGAGAAAGAUUGAAUCAGCGAACUCCGAGGAUGACGGUGAGCUGGUUGAGCUUGCGGGUGGACUGCACAUUGAUGAGGGUCUGUGUCCAACUGCAGGAGGACCAUUUUCUGCGCUAACACCGUCAAUGUGGCCGCAGGACAUUUUGGCAAAGUUAGGUCAGCCGGAAACGAACGAACCGCCAAACCACCAGCCAGACUAUCGAUUCGAUGAGUUCGGGUUCCGUGUGGAAGAGGAAGAUGGCCCCGAGCAGAGUUCAAACAAGCUGUUGAGUAUUCCGUUUAUGGAGGACCCAGCGCCACGACUGCAGUGGAUAGCACAUUUGGAAUUUUCUCACCAUAAGGAAGCUACGGAGUUGACCUGGGAAAGCGUGGAUGUGGUUCUUCCGCGAACGGAGAAGCUAAGAAAUAUGGUCCGGGCUGGGAUUCCCCAUUCGCUGCGACCUCAAAUGUGGAUGCGAUUAUCGGGAGCAUUACAAAAAAAGCUGAAGUCGGAAACGUCCUAUCAGGAUAUCGUGAAAGCUUCAGCGAAUGAUGCUUUAAUGACGUCGAAGCAGAUUGAGAAGGACUUACUGCGCAUUAUGCCGACCAAUGCUUGUUUCAGCUCGUUGAGUAGCACUGGGGUCCCAAGGUUACGUCGAAUUCUACGUGGAAUCGCCUGGUUAUUUCCGGACAUUGGCUACUGCCAGGGAACGGGAGUCAUUGCUGCAUCGCUGCUGUUGCUCCUCGAAGAGGAGGAUGCCUUCUGGAUGAUGGCUACGAUUGUGGAGGAUCUGCUGCCGGCUUCGUAUUACUCGUCAACGUUGCUUGGAAUCCAGGCGGACCAGCGUGUAAUGCAGACACUCAUCGGGAACUAUUUGACCGUGGUGGAUGAAACGCUCAAGAGCCAUGAUAUUGAAUUGUCGCUGAUUACCCUCCAUUGGUUUUUGACGCUGUUUGCGAGCGUUGUUCACAUGAAAAUUCUUCUGAGGAUUUGGGAUUGGUUCUUCUAUGACGGUUCCAUCGUUCUGUUUCAGUUAACUUUGGGUCUACUCAAAAUUAAAGAACCAUCACUGAAGAACCUCGAGAAUUCCGCUCAAAUAUUCAACUCGCUGUCGGACAUUCCGGGCGAUAUCGACGACGUGGAGCACCUGUUUUCGAUCUCCAUGGAGGUAGGAGGUUCGUUGUCGACGAUGGUAAUUGAAACGCACCGUCGCCGCCAUCUGGCUUAUUUGAUGGCCGAUCAGGGUGGAUUGGUGGGCAACCCGGAAGCGGGUUCCAAUCUGCCGAAACAACACUUGGCCCGCCGGCAGGUCAAAAAGUCGAAAUCCAUGCUUCAGAUGAUUUUGUUUGGCAAUGACGAUGGAGACGAUGAGUUGAAGAACAAAAACAUAAGACAAACGGAGAUUUUGGUAGAUUUGAGGGAGUCGAUUCUCAAAGUAGCGAGGCAUUUCUUAGCGAUUGAACCCAAAUUGAGUGCGCAUAUCAAGUUGGUGGCGGACUACGGCAUGGAUAGCCACGCCAAGGAUCACGAGAAUUAUAUCAACGUGUCAAGGACACGAAGCAGACGAGCCAAAGCACUGCAUGACUUUGAACGCCACGAUGAUGACGAAUUAGGGUUCCGAAAAAACGACAUCAUUACCAUUAUCAGCCAGAAGGAUGAACACUGCUGGGUGGGUGAGUUAAAUGGAUUACGGGGUUGGUUCCCGGCUAAAUUCGUCGAAUUGCUAGACGAACGCAGUAAGCAGUACAGUUGCGCUGGAGAUGAUGCGAUUUCCGAGACGGUUACCGAUCUCGUACGAGGAACGUUAGCACCAACUAUCAAGCAAGUUCUUGAGCAAGGUAUGAAGCGUCCGUCUUUCCUCGGAGGACCUUGUCACCCAUGGCUAUUUAUAGAGGAGGCAGCCACUCGUGAAGUGGAGAAAGACUUUGAAUCUGUUUAUUCACGACUCGUCCUUUGUAAGACAUACCGUUUGGACGAAGACGGUAAAGUCUUGACCCCGGAAGAGCUGCUUUAUCGCUGCGUCCAAGCGGUCAACCAAAGUCACGAUGCAGCUCACGCCCAGAUGGAUGUGAAACUGCGUUCGCUCAUUUGUCUCGGCCUCAACGAACAGGUUCUGCACUUGUGGAUGGAGGUGCUUUGCAGUUGUUCGGAGAUCGUUCACAAGUGGUACCAGCCGUGGAGUUUCAUCUACUCGCCGGGUUGGGUGCAGAUCAAGUGCGAGUUGCGGCUGCUGUCCCAGUUUGCGUUCAAUCUCAAUCCGGACUGGGAGCUACCUGCCAAACGGGAGGGUACUCAGAGCCAGCCGCUAAAAGACGGGGUGCGCGAUAUGCUCGUCAAGCAUCAUCUCUUUUCGUGGGAUCUGUAAGAUAGUUGGACUCAACUGGUAGCUAGAGAAACAAAGUGUGUUAUAUAAGAUGCACCUAUCUUCCAUUUUUUUUAGGUUGAUGCAAUGAGAUUUUUUAUUUUGUUUCGAUUAACUUAUGAUUACGUUCCUCAGAGUUUACAGACCGAAGCCACUGCUCCUUUAUUUCACCUUCGCAAUAUCUACCUGUUGCAGUAUUUUGUUUUAGAACAUGUGUUCAAAAGAAUUUGUUUGAUGCCGAGCAUCGUAAGUUCUAAUAUUAGUCAUGAACUAAGUUGUUUUAUUGAUGUUGUCUAUGAUGUAAUAUCUGAAGCGAAUGAAAUAGUGGGGCGACAUGAAUAUAUUUACUUUAAUUUAUUGUAUAUGCAUGAUUAUCACAACAUACGAUUACGUUAUUGUAGAUGUCAAGCUUAUUGGAAAUAAACGUACUAAACAUGUA